CUGAUGCUUUCACGUGCGGUUGUUGUACUACUACAGCUUACAAGAGACAGGCUCAGGAUGUUUAGGUCACUAGGCUUAAAGCCUCUUGCGAGGCUUAGCAGUGGCCGAUGUGUUCCACAGCCAAACUUGUUCAACUCUUGUGUUGGCCGGAGCUUCUCAUCCACUGUUCGCCAAUAUCAAAAUGCUACAGAUAUUGAUGAGAUAUUCAAGAAUGAGAACCAGAAAGAGAGUGAGAGACAAUGGUCAACACCAUUAGCCAAGCAGCUCUUUGCUGCUAUAUCAACAACUGGACCUGUUCCGUUGGCCAGUUACAUGCGCAUGUGCUUGACUGGAGAUAUUGGAGGCUACUACACUGGAGCCAUUGGUGAAGGCCGGGAUCAGUUUGGCACAAAAGGAGAUUUUGUUACAUCACCAGAGAUUUCGCAAAUUUUUGGUGAACUUAUCGGUAUCUGGUUCAUCGCUGAAUGGAUCAGCCAAGGUCGACCUAAAGAGGGCGUCCAACUCAUCGAGGUUGGGCCUGGUCGUGGUACUCUUAUGGAUGAUAUGCUUCGAGUAUGUGACAUUCAUUGGUUGAGCUUGAAAGACUCACUAACUUGA